AUGCAGGCCACUGCGGCGGGGGAGAUAGCAGCUUCCGAUGAAGGCGGCCACCGUACUGGGGGGAACACCCAGACAGAUGAGCCUUCUAAUGCUAAGAAAGGAAACUUGUCAUCUUCCAAUGGUCGUAAUGAAGCCAAAUUGACUUUUCAUGGUGACGACUGGGACUCCCUGGCACAACAAAUUGCUAAUGGCAAAGAAAUCAGCAGUACUGACGAAACAGAUUUACUGGAGCCAUCUUUUACUACAAGCCCAGAUCCUGACAGAGAGAGUACUCGCUCUCAGUCAAGGGUGUUUGAAGACAGUAACGACUAUGUUUUCUUGAAUGAAACAUACUUUAUCCAUUAUUCAGAGUCAAAACUAAAGAAUGAAAGUCCUGUUCUUUUAAAUUCAGAAUUAGCUUCUGAAAUGCGGAAAAGAGAGGAGGUAUUUUUUGAUAUUUUGGAACAUGAUAAGAUUAUUGGCUUAGAAAGAAGCUACAAGAUUUCAGGUGACGAUUAUAAAGAAACUACUGAGGAUGUGCAGAAGCAUGAUACAGACGAAGACUCGCAGCAGGAAUAUCACAGUGAGGAGGAACAUGAAUAUCUGAGCGACCAUUUCUCUCUCGACCGAGCAAAAGCAUCACAUACAUCGAAUCUGGAGGUGGUUAGAUUAAGAAAUUCAAGUUAUGAAGUUCAAUGUUCCGGUAGCCCAGAAGUUCACCAUAUUAAAUUGGAAAGUAGUUCUAGCAUCUCUUUAGAUUCAGUUGAUGGUUAUGGACAGGGAGAUUCACCUUACAUCUCCCCAUUUCAGAAUUCUGUUACGCUAAGGCAGUGUCACACACCAAAGCAUGAAAGGUGUGAGGAACAGGAGACUAGUUUAAUGUACCAUACUGCAUUCGAUGAAACUGUGCUGGGGAAAAGUCCUCCUAAAAACUGGGAAUCUCAAUCUAACAGUAGUUUCUUAAACCCUCAACAAGCAUUAAAAACUGAAACUUACACUGGCAAAAUUAAACCUGAAGUAAGUGAAGCUAAAGAUUUUUGUGGAAAUAAAACUGUUGAGAACAAAACUUUGCAACACCUUGAAAAUCCUAGCACAUUACCACAGGACAAAGCUUUAGAAGCCUUACUACAACACUGUAAAGAGAGUCAGGCUUCCUCUCCUUGUGUUUGUGAUGAGUCAGUGCUUUCUGCCUGUGAACAUUCGCUUCAUAAAAGCCUGCCGAACACCCCUACCUCAGCCCUAGAUAUUUCCAUUACUCCGCCAAGGACUGGAGUCAAAGAUAAUCAGGCAAUAAAAGAAGAUAGCUCCCUAAAAGUUGCUAGCGGCAGUGCCGCACAUCAGAUGUUCCCUCACAGCAUGGAAGGAACACGUCCCGAAUCUGCGACAGUGGCUGCCAAGUGCACAGUCACAGUUAACCAGACAGUGGACGUUAGCUCCGAUUUCAGGGCUUGUUUCACAACGAGCCGAGCGACUAGCGCAAGGUCUUCCCUGGUGUCUACGUCCAGUAACACAGAGAUCACAAUGAUGAAUAAAAAACGCCCUGGUGAAUGUCAAAGGGGGAAACAGAGAAGUGUGGCUUGCAACACAGACUUGUCAUACUGUCGCGAUGUUGAAGAUACUCAGACAGCUGUGUCAAAAGGAUCUCGGGGAAAAUCCUCCUCGGUCGACAGUUUAAAACCUAAUGGAAACUUUCUAAGUAAGGAUUCCCUGGAACUAAGGAAAACACUUGCUAUUGCAGACCUGACGAAACAUCCCGAAAGGGAGCCCCAGCUUCCCGCGCGGGCGGGGGAGAGCUCGCCGCCGGAGUGCUGCCGGAGGGCGGCGCAGAGAGCCCUCAGAGCGGAGCUGCAGCUUCUGGACGCGCACUACCAGAUGUGUCAUCGCCACUGCGGUGACAUCUACAGACUUGUGCUGGGGGACAGGGGAGGGGUGGGCAGGAAUUUAUCAACUAACUCCAUGAAGAAGGACUUAGGAUCAGCACUACUAUCUGUUUUGGGAGACUUAAAAGUUAAAUAUGUGAGUUUGAAAGAGAAAAUAAACAAGGGCGUACCCCUGGGAGAGCUGCCCCCCUUGGCAGUAGAAUCGAAGUUACUAUCUGCUUUCUCUACUUUUGCUUCCAGGCUAAUGAAACAAGAAUCACAUGUUUUUUCAGGAGUGGAUUCUGAACUAGAUAAUCAAAGUGUCUGUGAUGUUGAUGUUUUUUCAAGCCUAAAGAAGACCCUCUCUCAAGUGUCCUCGUCGUCUGACAGUAGUCGUCCUAAUCAAGGUGCUACGUCACCCAAGGAAGACGGUUUAAAAAGCGGUGAUAUAGAUGGACGCUUCAGUCAACUGAAACUGGAUGACAAAGGGUACCAAAGUCGCCGAGAGGUAAGUGAAGACUGGUUCGAUGCCGAAGAGAGCCUGGCAGGAGGCGGCGGCCCAGGGAAUGAAGGGCGGCGGACAGAGCGCGGCCGGCGGGCUCCGGAGUCGCCGGCAGAAACCAAGAAUGCUGAACCCUUACAAAGAGAGAGAAGCCACCUGGUUCAUGUCGGUGGUCUCUGCCCCUCAGUGUCUGAGGCUGAUUUAAGGUAUCAUUUCCAGAAAUACCACGUUUCUGACAUUGCAAUUUCUGAUUCUUCUGAUUACAGAUAUGCAUCUCUUGCUUUUAAAAAAAACAAUGAUGCAAAGUCAGCUGUGAAAGAAAUGAACGGGGUAGAAGUAAACGGCAAAUCCGUAAACAUGCGACUCGUUAAAAGUCCUGCAGAAUGUCCAUCACCACUUUCCUCCAAAAAUGGAAGGAGAGUUAGUUUGAAUAAUUUGGAGAAAAACACCAACAAAGAAAUGGACUCAGCUUCCUGUAUUUCUAGAGUGCCCAGAACUAGGCCACGGCAGCAGGGAUCUGAGGAAGACAGUGAGUUUUUCCAUUUCGACCAGGGUGUCAAGAAGAAUUGUAAACAGAUUGAAUCUACUAAACUGUUACCUGAUGCACCUAUUCGUUUGAUGCCGCCAAAUACAUUGAACCUGCGUAGCUUUACCAAGAUCAUGAAGAGACUUGCCGAAUUACACCCGGACGCUAGCAGAGACCGUGUGGUAGACGCUCUACAGGCAGUGAGAGGAAAUCACAGAGGCUUUCUGAACGGCCUGUCUAUUAAUACUAUCGUGGAAAUGACUUCGUCGGUUUUGAAAAACUCUGCUUCUGGUUAG